CAGUAAGUUUUUUUCAUGGCGGAAAUGGAAAUAGGCAAUGAUCACCAGAAAACGUCACCGACGAAAGAAGACCAAGUUUACGACAGAGAGAAAGCGGUGAAGGCGUUCGACGACACAAAAGCCGGCGUUCAAGGGCUCGUCGACGACGGCAUUGCUAAACUCCCUCCAUUCUUUUACAUGUCGCCUGAAGAUCUCCAUGAUCAUCCAACGUUGACGGAUUCAUAUUUACAUAGUGAUUUCCAGGUUCCCAUCAUAGAUCUAAAUGGUGUUUUAGAUCCCAACGAGCACAAAGAAAUCGUGGAGAAGAUGAGAUCGGCGUCGGAGGAAUGGGGGUUCUUCCAAGUGAUAAACCAUGGAAUCCCACAACACGUGUUGAAGGAGGUUCUCGACGGUGUUCGGAGAUUCCACGAACAACCCAGGGAGGUGAAGAUGAAAUAUUACUCGCGAGAGACUGACAUCGUCCGGUAUUACACUAACUAUGAUUUGCUUCAGUCGAAAGGUGCGAGCUGGAGAGACACUCUGAUCUGCGUGAUGGCUCCCGAUACUCCGCCGCCGGAGAAAUAUCCCUUUGCUUGCCGUGAUAUACUGUUGGAGUACUCGAAGCAUGUUAAAAGCUUUGGGGAAGUUAUUUUUGGGUUGCUGUCGGAGGCCCUGGGUUUGGACCCUGACCACCUCAAAGAUAUAGGGUGCUCGGAAGGACAUACAUUUGGCUGUCAAUAUUAUCCGGCUUGCCCUGAACCAGACCGAACCUUAGGACAUGUCCGACACCAUGAUCCCGAUUUCCUCACUAUCCUUUUACAAGAUCAAAUCGGAGGGCUUCAAGUUCUUCAUAAGCAUCACUGGAUUGAUGUCCCUCCUAUGGAAGAUGCUCUCAUAGUCAACAUCGGUGACCUCUUACAGCUAAUCUCAAAUGACAAGUUGAAAAGCGUGGAGCACAGAGUGUUGGCGAAGAGUGUAGGGCCGAGAAUAUCGUUGGCGUGCUUAUUCACAACACAUUUACAGCCAUCAAAGAGGGUUUAUGGGCCUUUGAAGCAAUUGUUAUCCCCAAAUAAUCCACCAUUGUACACGGAAACCUCCAUACUAAAUUAUCUCAAAUCUUAUACCUCAGUGGGUGGACUAGGCAAUGCGCUUUCCCUUUUCAAGUUGUAAUUCUGUAAUCAGAUCAACUCCUAUUUUACUUCAAUG